GACUUUCCAUCAUGAUUAGCAAGCCCACUAAGUAUACCGUAUGUAUUUUUAUGGUGUUUGAUACUUCAAUUUUCAUAGUAGAGUUUCAUGUAAUUUUCUCAAUUUUAAAAUUCUUUCUCUCUCCUUAAUUUUUGCUAAAGGUAAAUGGGCAAUUGGCUAACAUGGAAAAAAACUAAUUUUGUCACUACGUGUUGCGUCCUUGCAUUUUUCAAUUUAAAUUUCUGGUUUUAUCUUUGUUCUUAUCUCUUUCUAACUUCCUCUGAAAUUCUCUCCAACGUACAAUAGUUUGCGCCCCUCUCACUUCCCAAUACAAGGCCGCCUUUGAAAAUCAAUCAUCCGAUAUCUCUUGGCACAUCAGUUUUAUUGUUGCGGAUUUAAGUUGGAAAAGUAAAAGAGUUUAAUAAAUAAUGGAGUUGCAGAAGCAGGAUUAUAAAUUGAAUUUUUGGUUGAAAAUAUGUCUCUUGAGAUAAAAAAAAUUGGUUGUACAAGGAAGAGUGGUGGCUAUUGGAUCUCAUGUUUAUGGUUUUUACAUCUAUCACAACCUAUUUUUAUCUUAAACGAGGAAUCAUUGAUUGAUUUAUUGAAGUAGGUCGAUUCUUUAUUCAACCUACUAGAACUGCUAGACAAGGAGUGUCUAAUUUUGUGCCUUAUUACUUUGAUUGAGUCUAUUAGUGUGUUGGAGAUAACACUAAUUUUGUCGUUUGCUCUCAAGUUUUGAUGGCCCCCUCUUAGCUUAGAUGUUAGUAUAUAGUUGACUUAAAUCAACAACUCUCUAUUUCUUUUUUAUUAGUGGCAUGUUGUUCAUAAAAGGAGCGCAUUAAACCCUUAUGUAGGAUUGUGAGAUUUAAGAUUUAGUUUCAAACUAUUUAUGGGUCAUGUGGAAUUUCACUGAUCUUUUAUACCCUCUUUCUUGAAAACCAACUAACCAAUAACAUUUUAACGAGGGCUUAAUUAACAUUAUGAAAAUGAAAUUAAUGAUACAUUUUAUAUUUUAUAUUCUUAAAUUAUGAUAGUAUUUCUCUGAAUGUUAGACCUAUAUAUUCUUUCUUUAUGUAUCAUCUCGAUCGAAGGAUUGUCAAUAAAAUUAAACCGGUUGAUUGGCUUAAAUGUAACAUAAAAAUAUAAAUAAUCAAAUAUGAACAUUCCGGCCAAUGGGCCGGGUUAUAAGCUAGUUGAAAUAGCUUCAGCCGAUAAACAUUUCUCUCGUUUAGAGAGAUUUUCAGAGAGGAGGCGACACCUAGUGUUUUUUGCUUCGAAGUAGGAUUCGUGAACUUGUGAUUUUCGAUUAUGAGUUGGAAACCUCUAGCACGGUGAUAAUGAUUACAUCAGGGUGUUAGUGCUCUUAAUCUUCCUUCUGCAACUAAAAGUUUUCUGUGAUUCGGAGCUUGCUGAUAUUCACCGAGUGAGAAUUUUUAGGUUUAGGUUUUUAACCGAAAUUUGGAGUACUCUCGUCUUUUUUUUUUUUUUUUUUAUAUCUGAGAGACCCUAAUCUGCCUUUUGCGAUUAGGGUAAGGGUGUGAUUUCUCUUUUAGUUUGACAACCCGGAGUAGCUUGUUUCUCAUUUUUCAACUUCUGUAUAGGUAUACUUCAAAGUAUAUUAGUACAAGAAAAUAAAUUCAUAAGUGAGUACGCAAAGAUGGGAUCAGAGGCGAAUCAAAAGGAGUCAUCAACGGGUGUUACUCUCGAACUGCCGAAGGAAGAAAGAGAUCCAAAAGAUACUCCUAAAUAGGUUAUUCCUUUACUUCCUAAAGGGGUUGACAUGAAGGUACAAAACAUAAAUCUUGUUGAUGACGAACCUUUGGUGGCGGAAGAAGAAGAUUUUGACCCCGUCAUGGUUAAAGCCGUGAAUCUGCUUGGCCUCGUAAGCAGGUUGGUUGUUGUCGACUUAAUUGAUUAUGUGUGGUGAACCACAAAACUCGACUAGACUUCAAGUAAGGUUGUUUGGUGUUUAUCACAAGUAACCUUAGACUUACCUAGUCAGUUUUCUUGCAAACUCUAAGUUAGAAGUAGGAGUAGGAGAGGCAAUGGGUCGGUUCAGGUUGGGUUUUGUUAAAUCUAAAUUAAAAUCCAUGGGUUUAUCCGUAAAAAAGAAAAAAAACCCGAGGUAAAAUCAGUUGGGUUUGUAAAACUCAAACCCAACCCAACCCGCUGGGUAUCCGCGGGUUCAUGGGUACCCAUGGGUUUUGUGGUAAAAAAUUUACAAUAACGAGUUCCUAUCAAAAUAAAAUUCAAACAUCAAUUUUUCAUACAAACUAUCCGUACAUAAAAUACCAGUCUAGAAAAUUCAAACAACAAUUACACUAAAUAAAAGCACACGGAAUAAGUGUAGUGAGAAUUAGAUUGAGGGAAAUUAGAAUUAUGGUAGAGUUUGGGAAGAGUAGGGCGACGAAAUAAGUGUGAGGGGAUAUCCAUGGGUCGGGUAUCCCUAAAACCAAACCCAACGCAACCCGGUGAACAGUGUACGAGUUUAAACCCAAACCCGACCCGAAACCCGUCAACGCAAGUUUUACCCGCGUUGACCGGAUUGGGUCGGGUAGAGUACCCAUGGGUUCGGGUUUUGUUGCCAUCCCUAAGUAGGAGGAAACACUAAGUACUUGUAUUUUUCCUUUAUAAAUCUAAACAUGAUUAUAGUGGUGCUUAAAAUUAGUUGUGACACAAAUGGAUUGGAUUUAUAGAUUGGUGAAUUCAUAAUUUAGAUUAAAUGGAUUCAUGGAUCCAAAUAUCAUCUGACAUUUGGAGCAACACGAACAAUAUUAAAAAGUUUAUGUGCUCUAUCGUCAUUAUAAAAUUAAUUUUACGUACCAAAUUAGCAUUUUUAAAUGAGUUUUUUUAAUUUAAAAUAAAACUUUAGGUAUCAAAUUGAAAAUCUAAAACAUAUAUAUAGGUACUUUUCUUGACACUACACGGACAACUCAAUUUAUUGAAGUUGGAAUAAAUGGAUUUGACUAUUUAGAUUUUUUUCAGGAGAUAGAUUAGAUUAUAAUUCAAAUUGGCAUCUCCAUUUAAAAUAAUGGCUUAUUAGUGGAUUAAGUAAGGCUGUUAACCCGCGGGUUGACUCGGACCCGGUCGAGCUAGUGGGUCAAGGGUUAAUGGGUCACCCGUUUUAGCUCGGAAAUAAGGAAAGAGUGUACUUAUCCUGAUAAAUUGUAUCAAAUUUCAUCUAACAUAUGAGUUAUAACAUAUAAUAUUACAUCAAAAUAAUAUGUCGUACUUAGAUCCAACAUAUAGUGAAAAUUCACACACACUUAUAUAACAUCAAUAUUCAAAUGUUCAACUUAGGAUUCCAAAGAUUGAGUUAGGCGAAAAGAAAAAUCGGAAAAUAGAGGCAUUUCGCAAACCAAAGUAAAAAAUGACACAAUUUGACCUCCAACCCGGUACCUUGUAGCGGUCGACCCGACAGGUGCGUGUGAACCGUUUUUCUCACCGGGCCAGAGUCAAAGUGGGUCGACCCGCGGGUUGACAACCUUGAGAUUAAGCUAAUUAACCAUGCAAAUACAAGUAUACGUACAUUGACUGACUGAUGAAUAUCAAUCUUCAUCAUCUUGAAAAUCUGUCGCGUUUAUAUAAUUUGUGGAAAGUAAUUGGGGGUUUGAUGUACUUGGAAAUUUGGUAUAUCCUGUUUAGCGUGUGAGAUCCAUCUCAAAAGGGCAGUACUCUUGUCUGUGUCUCACUCACAAGAAAGGAAGAUGAAGAUCAGUACCUACGUGCGUAUUAGCACAGUCAGCUAGCGAGCUGUUGAACUUUGUUUAGACAAAGAAAAGGGGAAAAGGAAUUAAAGCAGCUUUCCUUCAUAUAUAUUUUGAUAUUUUCUCGUAUAUUUUGUCGAUUCAGAAAAAAAAAGUCUUUCAUAAAUUGCCUUUUAAUUAGAUAGGCAUCAAACUGGAAUAAAGUGUAAAUGCGACCGUUUAUAAUACGUCGUUAGGAAUCUAAUUAAUUAAUUCCAAGUGGUUGUAUUUACUUGAAAAUCAUAAAAUUAUGUUAAUAUAAUACUAUAAUCAAAUCCCUAUUAAAAGUACCGAAACAAAGGGUCUCAGAUCGCGAGAUUUUUUAUGCGUGGAUUCUUUCUUAAGCUUCGAGCAGGCUGGCUAGAUUUAAAGUUGGUGAUGUAUAUUGUUAAAGAUGCAUCUACAAAUGUGGGUUCCAAUAUUGAAUAAUUCUUAAUUCGCACAUAUAUUUGCGACUACCAAUUCUCAUAAAUACUUACAAAUUUGUUUUCCUGAAAAAUUAUGAAAAAUUUGAUACUCGACACGCUCAUGAAAGCAAGCGAAGCAGGCCAACAACCAAGGUUGUCAACCCGUGGGUUGACCCGAACCCGGUUGAGCUAGUGGGUCAAGGGUUAAUGGGUCACCCGUUUUAGCCCGGUUUAGACCGGAAUAUGGAAAGCGUCAUUAUAUUGUACUUAUCCUGAUAAAUUAUAUCAAAUCUCAUCUAACAUAUGAGUUAUAACAUAUAAUAUUAUACCAAAAUAACAUUUCGUACUUAGAUUCAACAUAUAGUAAAAAUUCACACACACUUAUAUAACAUUAAUAUUCAAAUGUUCAACUUAGGAUUCCAAAGAUUGAGUUAGGCGAAAAGAAAAAUCGGAAAAUAGGCGCAUUUCGCAAAACAAAGAAAAAAAUGACACAAUUUGACCUCCAACCCGGUACCUUGUAGCCGUCGACCCGGCGGGUGCGUGCGGCCCGUUUUUUUCACCGGGUUAGGAUUAAACUGGGUCGACCCGCGGGUUGACAACCUUGUCAACAACUUUGUCAGUGAUAAGGAGUUUUGGUCAAUUGAUAUAUGGAUUGUGUGAAUCAAAUCCACAAAUAUAUACGAAGACUUCACAUUCUUGCAUUUAAUCAUACAUUCCUAGUCCUUUCAAAAUUCAAACCAACGACGAGCUUCAUUUUUAAUGAUAAUCUUGUGCGCGCAAGCAGCCAAAAACAUAUAUCAGCACUUAUCUUGUUAAUAAUGAUCAUACUGCUUAUCUCCUAGUAAUUCAAGAUUCUACCUUGAACUGAACCUAAUUAUUGUCCUCACGGAACUGAGGUUUUACUAACUAAUUAUACUUCUCCAAGAAAAGCCAAACUUCGAACUUGGCUAAUCCUAGAUGAUUAAUAACUUAAUUAGCUUAUCUCGGUCUUGAAUAUAGCUAGCACAGGAAAAUUAACUUGGUUAGGUUUCUUAUAUAACACUAAAUAUCUCUUUCGAUGAAUUUGGUCCCCGUGUUCAUCCUUCACUUUCUCGCCAUGUCUUUUUGGUCAAUUCAAUGCACAACUAGUUGCUUUGGUUCCAUUUUCUCAGACAGAUGGAUGCAUGUUUGGAAUGGUGAAAUAACCGAUCUCGAAUCAUUUUAUUUGUAGAAAAUCCAACUUAUAUAAUUUUUGGGUGAAUUUUUUUCUAGUUCGUGACAAGGAAAGGUAAGUAGUACUAUAUGUAGUGCGGUUUUUAUAUUUUAAAUAUCUCACGAAAUUAAUCCAACUAUAUAUGUGGUACAAUUAUAUUCUAGACUCCCUCUCUUCAACAAGCAAGGCCAAGAAGAUAUCUUGAUUUUUUGUUUUGUUUUGGUUAUUAGAAAUAUCUCAAUAUUAAUUUAAAGACGCUUCAGAUUAACAAACAACAACAAAACAAAUAUUCUUGUAAAUGGCCUUACAGAUCGAUCCUUGGGUCCUCCACUACAACAAUUUGAGCCGAGUAAAGGCAAAAUUCGACGACUGGUUGACUCCAAAGGCCACUCAUGCAAGCAAGUAAAGGCCAAAGAGAGAUCUUUUUGGAGAAAAUACAAACAAAUGCAUGGCCUCCCUCCAAUUAAAGGCCACCGAUGAGGUCGUCAAACAAGAAAAAAACGUUAUAUGAAGGGAUGGAUCAAUAUAUUCAAUAGUGGGCGAGACUAGUACUCAAUCAUUAUUUUCAUCAUUCGUAGAGUCAGAAAUUUGAAUGAGCGCGAGAGAAUCGAAGACGGGGAUUGUCUUGAAUCUAUCAUAAUUGGGUGAGAGACAUUUUAAAGCCAUAUCGACUAUCCUCUGUUUAAUUUUUUUUUUUUUACGAAUUUUACAUGUAAUUUGACCAUAUUAUUUCAAAUUUAAGAUGGACUAUAUAUAGCCUCUCCUGACUUCAACCUAACUCCUUUUACCUAUCCUUAUUUUAAUUAAUGGACAAGGCAAAAGAUAAAAGGUGGCGAAGAAGAAAUAAAGAAAGAAAGAAAGGAAGACCAUCGACGAUAGCUAUUGAUAUAAAGCAAAGUAACAGAAAUAAUAUUUCAAAGGUGACGAUGAUGAAUUGCGCUUUUCUUAUCUUGCCAGCAGUAGCAGAUCAGGACGAUUGAAGGAUGGGCGAACGAGGAAGAAGAUAAUUAUACUAUACACCAACAUGACUGCAUGCCAAAAAGAAAGAAUGAAAACAAGAAAAAGAAAGCCCGUUUCUUAUUUUUCUUUCACUGUAUUUGUAUACACAAUUACACAUAUGCUGUUCAAAUUUCCCAUCGUACCUUUCUUCUCUCUUUACUUUAAUCACAUUUCUUCAAGUUGUGAUGAAGAAACAAUUCCAAAUCAUUUGAAUUGAUAAUUGAGCUAGUAAUUCUUAUGUGUAUCGAGGAAAAUCGUACUGAGUGUUAUACCGGAUAUGUUAAAAGUAGGGAUACAUUUGAUACCGCUAAAAUUCUAUAUUGAUUUUAAUUACGUUAAUCAAUAUUUUUUGUCAAAUCGAUGGGUAUUGUUUAAUAAACACUGGGUAUUGUUUAAUAAAUACUAUCACUAAAAUGUAUAUGCAUUCCUUAUUUAAAAGAAGGGGCAAAAUUACUCUUACUUGGGUAUUUUCAUCCCAUUUAGGUUCACAUUACUAGACAAAUGAAAACAAGGAUCUCCAACUACUUAUUGAAAAAAAAAAAUCUCCAACCUCCACUACAACUAUAUAUAAAUACACCCUCCAAGCUCCUUCACCUAAACUUUCCUUCCCACAAACAUAUUCUUCUCCCAUUUCCUCUGCCCUCUCUCCAACUUCCAUCCACCAUUCUCUUGGUCCCUCCUUGGAUUCUCCCAAUAUUGUAUGAGCAGGAAAUUCCAUUCUCAUCUCCUAUCUUUCCUUGCCUCUAUUUAUCAACCAAAGAAGCCUCCUUUCCACCAUUGUCUUUCUUUCUCCUAUUCAUCACCUUGCUCAUUCGCUGCAUCAUCUCUCCUCACAACACUAGCUUCUUUUACUCUACAACCCAAAUUGCUCAAGAUUUCUUAGCACAUGAUCUAUAUCGUUCUUUCGAUUUAUACGUGUCAUUCUUGACAGAAAAAACACUUUCACUCAUACAUUCUGAACCUCCCAACAAAUUAAAUGGUUUCACCAUUAUCAUUCUUUUCUAUAUUCCUCUCCCUCACUCUGCUUUCCUUGGUCAAAGGAAUUCAAGGAGCUACAUUCACAGUGGUGAACAAAUGCCAAUCCACAAUAUGGCCAGGCAUUCUGGCCAAUGCGGGCAGCCAGCCACUAGACAGCACCGGUUUCGAGCUCCCCUCCGGCGGGACCCGAACCUUCCAGGCCCCACCCAGCUGGUCGGGCCGGUUCUGGGGCAGGACCGGCUGCCAAUUCGACACGUCCACGAACCAAGGCGCCUGUACCACCGGAGACUGCGGAUCAAACCAGAUCGAAUGCAAUGGCCAGAACGCCAAGCCACCUGCCACGCUGGCGGAGUUCACGGUGGUCCCCGGGGGCCAGGACUACUACGACGUCAGCCUCGUCGAUGGGUUCAACUUGCCCGUGAUGGUCGAGCCCACGGGCGGGUCGGGCGGAUCUUGUUCGUCCACCGGGUGCAUAACCGACUUGAACCGGCGGUGCCCGUCGGAGCUCCGGGACGGGUCCGGCGCGGCCUGCAAGAGCGCCUGCGAGGCGUUUGGGACACCCGAGUAUUGUUGCAGCGGGGAGUUCGGGUCGCCUGACACGUGUAAGUCGUCGGUUUAUUCGGAGAUGUUCAAGUCGGCUUGCCCGCGGGCGUAUAGCUACGCUUAUGAUGACGCAUCAAGCACUUUCACUUGUGGUGGAGCCGAUUAUGUGAUCACAUUCUGCCCUUCUUCCACGAGUCAAAAGUCUGCAAAUGUUGGGCCACUGUCGAUAUCGGCGACGACAGGCUCCGAUAACGGCCCGCCGGAAUCAGGCGAUGGGCCUCUGGGAAUCGACACAUCAUGGUUGCCAAAUUUCGUCACCGGGAGCUCUUCUACUCCCAUUCCUUCGUCUUCUUCUUGGACAUGGCUAUUCAUGAUUGUUUCAUCUUAUUUGCUUUUUUAUUUAUCAUAAGUGUUCCUUCUUUUGCUCCUUUUAGCUUCCGAAUUGUAAACCCAUAAUUCUUCUGUAUCUACUAGCUAGAGAAAGCAAGCAUAUUGACUGCGGAUCAGUAGUCCAUUCUUACUCUUGUUUACCCCAAUGAUAGAUCAGUGAAUAGAGGUGGUAAAUAGAUUAGAUUAGUGGUUUAUGGGUUCAAGUGGUAUAAAAAAUUGGACCAUUAUGUAAAUUUUGAAAAGUUAAGAUACUAAAAUGUGGUUAUAAGAUACCAAAAUAUAAUUUAUGAAUGCUUUUUCAUUAAAAAUACAUUUUAUGCAUCAUAUUGUAAAAUAUAAACACUAAGGUACUAAAUUGUAAUUUUUCAUAUAUCCAUGGAUAUCCACCAAUUUUUUUGAAUUUGAAUUAAAUAAAUUGAUUUAAAUGGAUUGAAUUAGUUACAUUAUUUUAAGUAGAUAAAUUGACUUGAAUUUGUGGAUUGAAUUCAAAUUGUCAAUUCUAUAUGUAAAUUAACCAUACGAAGCCCAAAGCAAUAGCUUCACAAACUGCCUGGUAAGCUCAGUAGCUUAGUUACUUGACUAAUCGUGUAACACGACUCUUUAACUAAAGCAAAGACACAAUUCAAUGACCACCUGCCAACCACAUGAGUUUCAAAUCUAACAAGUCAUCCCUUCAAUUGAAACGUUUCUAAUGAUUCAGCUUAUUCCAAUACCAACAUCAAGUGUAAACCCUUCAUGAGCAGCAGCAGCAGCAACUUCCACCUCUUCAAGCUUGCACAUUUCUAACUUAAACCUGCAGCAUGAUACCUGCAAUUUGUUCAUUAGUGCCAAUAUGUUCCAACUUGACACAGCUCCUUCAUUCACCAAAUUUAUCGGGCAAUAAAAUUUAACGUCGAUAUGCUUACUCCUGUCUACAUCGAUAUGCUUACUCCUAUCAUGCAAUACUAAAGUGUUUGAGAGAUUAAUUGUAGAAAUAUUAUCAUAAAAAAUAAUAUAUAGCAUCACCACACUCACUUUUCUUCCACUCCAUUUCCUCCAAGGUCCUCCACCAAGAUACAUCAUGCUGCACAAAGCUUAGCUACAAAUUCAAUCCCAAAUUGUUUUGUUUUGUUUUUUUAAGGCAGGGUGGUAGGCCUUGAUGCUUUGUCUUUCUUCUCAGUUCCUUCCUGGGUUCUCUUUGUUUUUUUUUUUUUCUGGUUUGUUUCUCCUUUGGAAUUGUAACAUCCGGAACCUUUUCUCGACGAAGAUAUUGUCCGCUUUGGACCUCUACCCUCACGGUUUUCGACUUGGGGUUCAAUUCAAGGUGACUUCCCGUAAGGUCACCCAUCCUUGUUGUACUCCACAUUGAGCACGUUUAACUUCGGAUUUCUCACAAGAACUCCUCCAUUUCACCCCAAAACGCGUCUUGUCAGUUAAUGUCGGUUUCUUACUUAUGAACCAUGGAUCUCUCCCGUGCUUUGUCGAUGUGGGAUUCGCAUAAGGUGUUACAGACACCCCCCUUGAGACUCAACGCCCUCGUUGAGGUUUGCCCCACCAUUGUUCAAGAGGGACGCUAAGAGGCUCUGAUACCACUUGUAACAUCCCGAACAUUUUCCCGACGAAGAUAUUGUCCGCUUUGGGCCUCGACUCUCAUGGUUUUCGACUUGGGGUGCAAUUCAAGGUGACUUCCCAUAAGGUCACCCAUCCUAGUUGUACUCCACACUGAGCACGUUUAACUUCGGAGUUCUCACAAGAACUCCUACAUUUCACCCCAAAACGCGUCUUGUCAGUUAAGGUCGGUUUCUUACUUAUGAACCAUGGAUUUCUCCCGUGCUUUGUCGAUGUGGAAUUCGCUUAAGGUGUUACAUUAAUCCUUUUCUUUCUUAUUAAUAAAAUUGAUGUCAACCU